GGAAGGAUUUCUCCCCUCUGUCUCCCUGCAUCUCGUUUGUUGUCCUUACAUUGGAGGGACGGACUAUCACUGUAGGGACUAAAACGAGGUGCAAAUUAUGAACCGACGUGUCUGAUUUGGUAGCAGAUGGAUUUAAUUUCAGGGAAUGGCUGAGGAUGGUUGAAUCUGAUCUGACGUGAAGAACUCAAGUAAGCAAUGCCUGGGGAUUCCACCAGCUGCUGCUCCAUGCGGUUUAGAAAGAGACCCAUAAUACAGGAAGUUCUGCUCCUUUAAUAACACUGACCGUUUGCUAGCAUGUUGCCUCCACGCAGAGCAGGCGCCCUGCCGGAGCCCUCCCCCUCCGCCUCUCCCUCUCCCAGCCUGAGGAGGGUCCAUGUUCGAUGGGCCUCGUACCUCUCCCUCUCCCUGGCCCUCCUCUGGUUCCCUUCUGGAGAACUAGCCUCAACCCUCAACUGCCACAAGACCUGCAUCUGUGCCAGUAACAUCCUGAGCUGUUCCAAGAUGAACCUGACCACGGUGCCCACUGGCCUGCCUCUCUACACGGCCGUCCUGGACCUCAGCUACAACCAGAUCUCCCGGCUGAGGGCUGAGUGGACCACGGUGAAACUCACCAAACUCCGCAACCUCUUGCUCAGUCACAACGGCCUUCACUUCCUCUCCACCGAGGCCUUCCUCUACGUGAAACACCUGUGCUACCUGGACCUGUCCUCCAACAACCUGCGACAGCUGGACGAGUUCAUCUUCGAGCCGCUGGGGCAGCUGGAGGUGCUGUUGCUGUACAACAACCGUAUCUCUCAGAUCGACCGCUCGGCUUUCCAAGGCCUCCACAGCCUGCAGAAACUCUACCUGUCCCAGAACAUGAUCUCACGCUUCCCCCUGGAACUGGUCAAAGACAAGACCAGCCUGGAGAGACUCAGCCUGAUGGACGUCUCCUCCAACAGGAUCAAGGCCCCUCCCAUCGAGGAGCUGCAGGUGCUGCCUGCCUGGAUAAAGAACGGCCUCUACUUCCACAACAACCCUCUGAUCUGUGGCUGUGGUCUUUAUAGUCUCCUGGCCCAUUGGCACAUCCGCCGGCUCAACUCAGCUCUGGACUUUAAAGACGAGCACACCUGCUAUCUCCCCGGGCCCCAGAAAGGCAGGGUGGGCGUGUUGGAUCUGAACAACAGAGACCAUAUGAACUGUAGCACGUUCCGCGAGGCGGACGAGGAGGCUUGGCUGGAACAGACGCUGAUCCUGCGCUGUGAUACCAAACACAGGGACCUGUCUAAGACCUGGGUGACGCCUGGUAAUGUGGUGGUGACAGAGGGGGCGAAUCAGACAGCCAAGGUGCUUCCUGACGGCAGUCUCCAGAUCAGCCCUGUGAAGCUGGAGGAUUCUGGGACGUAUACGUGCUACGCUGUGAGCGAAGCCCUCAACGAGACGUUCUACGUGAUGGUCAAGGUGCAUAACUUCACGGAGAAGGGAAACGGCGAAGCCCUGAACACGGCCUACACCACGCUGGUGGGCUGCCUGAGCAGCGUGGUCCUAGUGCUCAUCUACCUGUACCUGACCCCCUGUCGAUGCUUCUGCUGCCCCAAGAACAACCACCAGGACUCCAUCCACUCCUCCAUGCUCAGCGCCGCGCCCAGCCAUGAGGACCUGGCCAACAACACUGACCCAAGGCACGUGGCCUUCAUCGACCCCAAGGAGCUGGGACAGGGGCUGAACGGGAAGGUGAACCCCAGCGAUGGAGAAGGGGACCAGGGAGAGAUGGAUGAGGAGGGAGGGUUACUGAGGAAGGGAAGGAGGAAGAAGUCUGUGGCUGAGUCUAUUUGUUCAGUCUUCUCUGACACCCCAUAGUGGUCUGAGAUGGUACGGACCGGAGAUCUAGGUGUACGCUGUGACGUGAUUAGAUGGAUCAGUGAAGUACGUGGUGUUAUUGGAUGAAACUGUGAAUACUUCCUGAAGGUGGGAACUUGGACAAAAAGCCAAUCACAGUUCACCAAACUGACCAAUCAGAAGCUUCAGGAGAGUGUUAAACACAUUGCCUUGGUAUCAACAAGGACAAUUAACAAUAGACAGGACCGUUCCAGCAUUGAAUUUGUAGCACUUAAAUAUACAUAAAUACUGUGAAAGCCUGACAGCGGAGUGUAAGAGGACACUAUUCCUUCCUGUGAUGUAGUAACUGUGUAAGAAGAUAUCAUGUUGGACAGUAUCAGUACUCAGGAAGACAUUGAUUGGUGGAGAACAGAAAAUAUGAGACGUGCGCCAUUUUAAACAUUUAAAUAAAGUAUAUGAGCCUUG